AUGCCUUCGCUAGCCCUCCUCAAGUCCCGCAAACGCGAAGACUAUCCUUUUAUUCUCGAUUACCGUACACGAUGGGCCGACAAUGAUAUGUACGCGCACAUGAACAACAGCAUCUACAACUUCCUCUUCGACUCAGUUGUCAACACAUAUCUCAUCCGCCACUGUGGUGGCUUCGAUCCAGCUCGCCGUACGCCUCAGUACGGCAUGGUAGUCCACUCACACACUGACUACUUUGCAUCCAUAUCUUUCCCCGAUGUUGCCGAGCUUGGCCUUCGUGUUAAGAAGCUCGGCCAGUCUAGUGUCCACUAUGAAAUCGGACUUUUUGCCCAGGGCCAGCCCGGCGUCCGCGCAGUUGGUGUUUUCGUGCAGGUGUUCGUCGACGCAGCCACAGACCGGCCCAACCCCAAGACAGGUAUGCACCCAUCAUUGCGUGAGGGGCUAGAGCGCAUCAUCGCGCGGCUCCCUGGCGACGAUGAAGUAGAAGAAAAGCCGAAGGGCAUGGCUGGAAGUAGCAAAAUAUGA